ACAUAUCUCUCCCCGCCGGUCAGACCAAACCUGCGCGGAGAAGAUGGAGGAUGAAGCCGCCCUUCUCCGGCAGGUCUUUGGAGACUCAUCGGACGACGAAGACUACAAUUACGGAGAGGGCAACCGAUCAGAAGCCGAAACCUACCUCGUCACCGACCAUCGCACUGAUUUAGCGGCGAGCGGUAACCCGAGGUGGGAGAGAGUGAAGGAAAUCAGCGGGCUGUGGAUUUGCAGGGACUUCCUCUCUCCCGAGCAGCAGCUCUCCCUUCUCUCCUCGAUUCGGAGCGAGGGAUGGUUCGCUGAAAGCUCGCUUAAUCAGGCAAUGAGGUUCGGGGAUUUUCCGCCGUGGCUAAAUGAGCUUUGUUAUUCAAUCCGAGAGGCAGUGCUUAUAGGUGAUAAUCUUUCGGAACAUGAUAUUGUCGCGGCUGAUGAACAUGGGGCUGGAUGUCUGUUCCCAAUAUUGCCCCCGGAGCUGCUGGGACGGGAGCCACUCUUUGAUCAGCUGAUUGUGAACCUAUACCACAAAGGUCAGGGCAUUUGUGCGCAUGUUGACUUGAUGCGAUUUGAUGAUGGGAUUGCUAUAAUCUCCCUUGAGUCCCCGUGCGUGAUGCACUUCAGUCUAGCUACCUCUGACAUUCAAGAAGCAGAAGAAGAAUACCAUGUUCAUCCCGUGCCAUCAAAGGUGCCCGUAUAUUUAAGUCCGGGUUCAUUAGUCAUAAUGUCAGGAGAAGCUCGGUACGGUUGGAAGCACGAAAUAAACCGCAAACCCGGGUUUCAGGUUUGGGAUGGGCAGGAACUUGAGCAGAAGAGAAGAAUCUCCCUAACCUUAAGGAAGUUGGCUCGAGUCGAGUAGACAUUAAUCCUUAGUCAAUCGAAGAAAGAUGCACGACCCAAUAUCCUGAUAAAAUCAUGUGUUGAGGCGAUAUUUGGUUCAUAUGUUAUAGAGUAAUAUCGAAAUCCAGUGGAUCAAUGUCUUGUUUGGGAAAAGAGAAACGUUAGAAUGACUUGUGGCCUUGCUUCACUUUUUCUUUUUAUCAAACAACUGCAUUCUUUGUGGAUCAA